AUUCAACAAUCCUGGUUGCUAGUAUUGAAAAAAAAAAUGAAUCAGGAUCUGUUCUGCUACAUUAUCGCAUUCAUCGUAAUCUCUAGUGCGGCCCAGCCGCUGGAAGUUGCUCAACCUUGGAAUUGUUCAACAGGAACGGAUCUUUGCUUUUUGACUCCUCCGAUGCGUCUUUCUUGGCACGAAGCUUCCGCAUACUGCUUCCAGCGUAGUGGAGGCCUAAGUCAUUCAAACGAUUUCAAGUUAAUUCGUAGUUCCCCGAUUUGGUCUUCAUCAACAAGAUUGUGGAUAGGUUUGGGAUGGGUAGAAAGUCGGCUUCAGUGGAUGACUCAUGUCCCACAUGAAGAAACAAACAUAACCGCAAUUAGUGAGGAAACUAAAUACUUGAAAACGAAAAGCUUUGAGGGCCAAUUUUGCUACACGCAAAAUAAAGACAACUCCCUCAAGUUAAUGAAGUGUUCAUCACGACUCAAUUUUAUCUGCGUCAGGCCGUUAACAGUCAACGAGGAAUACUUUCCGAAAAAUACGACUUUACUAGAAAUAAAUAAUACUUUGCCUGAAUUGCUUCCGAUGGGAGAAUUUUCGAGGAUUAAACAUUCGGAUUUAUUUUUAAUCGAGCCAUCAAGCGAAUCCAAUUUCAAUUUGCACUGUACAGUAUCAAACGAUACGCUGGCAAAAUGUUCAAAGACGCACUACCGUUGGCUUAAAAACGGAGCCUACAAACCAGAUGGUGAUGGAAAAAAGUAUUUGUUUGGCGAAGAGACUUUAGCACGCACAGAUAACAAUACUUUGAUUGUGAACUGGCUCGGAAAAGUAGCCUGUGAAAUUUUUUGUUUUUCUACGGGGAAAACAUACCGAUCAGAAGAAAUUAUUUUGUCUUCACGACAAUUUCUUACCGUACGAAUCGAAUUGAUUACGAAUAGGUCUAUUAUUCUUAUGGAUUUUGCGCAGGCCAAAAUAUUCAUAAAAAAUAAAAUGAAGGAUCGGCUGAAAGAUCAAUAUUCAACAAGUAAAGUGGUACCAUCUAUUCAUAUUGACUUACCGCAAUUCGUUCCGCAUGUUAACAACAGUUUUAUCGACACAUUCCGUUUCUACGCUCAAAUCGGACCUCUGGGCGAAGACGAUAUUCCUCAACAUUUGCCCACCUAUUUACUAAGGAAUAUCGACUUUAUCGACGAAUCAGAAAAACAAACUUUUGACUGGAUUACGAACAUUACAAUGACUAUGGUUAAUGACAGGAAACAGGCCGCUAUAAAUUUUGUUAGCUGCAUGACUCCUUUUGACAAGUACAAGAAACGAUGUGUUAAAAUAAUUCCUCCCCAGCAUUUCUCCAAGAGUAUUACUCAAUGCACAGCUGAUUACCAAAAUGACGAAACGGACGUUUCGUGGGAUUUAUUGGGUUGGAUAAAGUUCUCACUUGAUUGGCUGGACCAGAACAAACACCUCAGCAAGUAUUCGACCAUAAAAUUUAAAGAAUUGUGGCUUCCGGUGCAAAGAAGGACGACUCUUGGGCCGCUUUGGCCUGUUUGGCCCUGGAAUUUUACAAGUCUUCAAGGAAGCUCGUGGGGUGAUGAAAUGAAAUCGAUUGUCAAUCGUUCGGGAUUGCAGGCUGAUUGGAGCCAGCUCAAUGCUUCGCUAUCUUGUUUGGCAUUAGACACCGAAACCAAAUCGUUGAAAAGCGUCUCUUGCCAGAACGCCUUCCCUAUGAUUUGCGUGAGACCCAAAAUGAAAUGGAACGAAUCUCAAUUCCAAGAGUCGAACAGGAAUUUUGCAUUGCGCGGCCAGUGCCCGUCGGGCUGGUUAACUUCUACGUUAAUUUCUGACAGGAAUUUGUGUUAUAAAAUAUUUAACAGCUCCGAAACAAAUUCAACAUUCGACGAAGCUGAAACUGAAUGUGAAAAACAUCACGGUGCGCGACUUGCUAUAGCCAGUCAACCAUCGGCACUAGCAGUUUUAUUCAACAUCUUCUCUAUCGACGAUCUUAUUCAAACGUCCGAUUUUUGGAUUGGAUUAAAGAGGAGCGACAACGGAUUCAAAUGGAUAGAUCAAUCUGAUUGGAAUUACGGGAAGGAAACUGGACUGGAUAUUGGAAAUGCAAGCCUUUAUAAAGACACUUACGGAGUCUCUUUAAUAGUUUUGCCGGAGAUUGCUGCCAAUGAGAUCCACACAUCUUCUAGGAUCAAGUGGAAAGUCUGGCCCGUUGAGGCUCGCCUUAAUGCUUUUAUUUGCCAAAAGGAAAUAAUUCCCCUGCAAGAAAAAGUUCCUGAAAUUCGUCUGGACAACACAUAUCGGCCUGAAAUGCUGAACAAGGAAAAGGAUUUACUCAAUACCGAAGAUAAAAAUCCAAUUGAAUCUCCACCGAUAGAAUGUGAAAUGAACAAAACCUCGACUGAAUCCGCUCCAUCCGGGGUAAUUUGUUUCUUUGACAAUUCCAUCUCAACCGAGAUUUUCAAUUCUAGCAACGCCGUGAUAAAUCACAAAGUAAACGAGUCUGAUAUUCCUGGCGCCAUGGAAUGGCAAACGGCAGAAAUUAGUUGCGAAACCUGGGACGAAUGGUCACCUGAAACUAUACGUGCUUCAUGGAUUAUCUCUGACAAACCAUACGGAAACGAAUCAUUUUAUUCUCUAAUUAUGUGGCUACGACAUCGAACUGUAAAUUACUCAAGUGAAAUUCACGACGCAACUUUUGAAGCUAGUAGCAGUCAAAGGGCAGCCUUCAAACGAUCCUUACAUGACAUGUUCGUCCGAGAAUUCGUCAAACUCUAUCCUCUUUACACGGAUAGUUUACUCUCUGCUUCUGAACCCGUGGCGUUUGAAUCCGAACCUUUUCCCAACCAGCAUUUGCUUGUCAAGUAUCGCAUUCUCAUAAAUCGGAAUUCCUUAAUGGGAAGAAUGGAUGGGUACGGUAAUCCUUGGUCACCCGACGACGAGGCAACUAUUAUGGAGAAUGUUCGCAAGUUCUUUUCUGAAAAGUUCAACAGCAGUAGUGAUGUUAGACCACCCGGAGCCGAUCUCGAUUUUCUGAGCGUGCGAUCGACAGAUUUCUGCCAAGGGGAGAUAACGUCGACCAACGGGGAAUUAAUUGGAUUUUCAGGUCAACCACGGAACUUGACUGACGAACUUCAUUGGCCGCAAUCAACUGUGGGGUCCAGAGUCGCUUCAGCCCCACAUUGUGUCACACAAGACGGGGUCAUGCUAAGACGGCGAUGCCUUGGUGAUCGUUCCAGCGGCCUUUAUUGGGAAUCGCUAGAUAGGAAUACAAAUAAGUCGGAUGCAAAUGGAUCACUAUGUGUUGAAACUUCAGGAUUUUUCCAGAUACUUGCUAACAUUAACACGAAUAACUCAAGUCAAACUCUAGAGACCAUUCGUCAAAACAUCAGCGAUUGGAAUCCCAUUGUAGCUGAAGUAGAUUUACUUGGGAAAACUUUAGUGCAAAGCUGUUCUUACUUUAGUGAGGACCCAAAAGAAGAUAACCUCCGCAACAUGAUAGCCAUCAUUAAGGAAAUAAACGAUGUAAAGACGGAUAUCCUAAUUGGGGCUCAAAAGUCGUCUCCAUUUUCUUCGAAUUUGGCUCAGGCAACCGAAAAAAUGCUGGCUACAAUCGACGUGACAGAUUCCGUCGAAAGUACUACAUCACAGCGAAACUUCCCAGUGAAAGAGCCAUGCAUAGCGGCAGGAUCGUGGAAUCGUGUGAACGACAGCAACGUUAUCGGAUUUACUGUGACAACCAUCAAAAAGACCAUUGUUGAAGCAAGGAUUCUUUCGUCAUAUCCGACAAAUGAAGAGAUCGAGAAAUCAAACGCUGUUGUCUAUCUUCCAUUCCAAGAAAUAUCCGAGAAGGAGCAGGUUACGUUCAUCGCUUAUCCCAACACCCGAUUAGUUGACGCUGCAGCAGCGACCGGAGAAUUUAAAUCCAAAGUUUUUACACCUGAUGCAUCUCAACGAGACGGAUGGUCGCAAAGUGAGGAUUUGUAUACUGGAAAUGGCGGAAUGGUUCAAGUUUGUCUGAAUCCUGCUCCAGCCCGACUACAUAUGCAUAAACCGAUUAAAAUUUUAUUCAAGCCGAAUUGUUCGACUCCGGAAGAAGACAAACACCUCCUCCGCUGCGUGUAUUGGGACAAUCAAAUGGAUUCAGGGAAUGGUGGUUGGUCUACCGACGGAUGCUGGUACGAAGGCACAGAUCAAAACGGCAUGGAAAUUUGUCUGUGCAAUCACUUGUCCACCUUCACUCUUCUCAUCAGUCGCUCGGAGAAAGAACUGCAGUGCACUGUUCAUGGGCAUAUUUUAAGCGUCAUUACUCUUAUCGGUUCUUCAGCUUCUAUAUUAGGACUGUCACUCAUUUUGGCUACAUUCAUCUUAUUCCCGUCAUGGCGGAAACCUCUGGGUCACAAAAUCCUGUUUCAAUUAUCAGCAGCCUUAAUAUUUUUACUCUUGACAUUCUUCGGUGUAAAUUCGGUCAAAAACGUUGACGUUUGCCGAUUAGUUGGCAUAUUCUUGCACUACUUCCUGUUGUCUGGUUUUUGCUGGAUGACGGUUGAAGCUUAUCAUCAAUAUCAGCGAUUCGUCAAAGUGUUUGGAGAUUACAUGCCUCGGUUUUUGUUGAAAGCGUCAAUCGUAGCGUGGGGUUUUCCAAUUAUUCCCGUCGCUUCUGUUCUUAUUUAUGACGUGGAUUCGUACACAGGAAGCGAAGAGUAUUGUUGGUUAAGUCACCCAAUCGCCUUUUAUUCGGCAGUGCUGGGCCCUCUGGUCUUUCUCAUGUUAAUAAAUCUGACCAUAUUCGUCUUGGUGGUUAGGAGCAUUAUCGCCGCCGGACGUGGACUGCGCACCAAUCAGACCGAAAGUAAACUGAUGAGAGAUAAACUUUUGGCUUCCUUCCUGAAUUUUGUUUUGUUGGGACUCAAUUGGAUUUUCGGAUUUUUCGCUAUCGGCGCAACCAAUGGCGUGAUUUUCUCCUAUUUGUUUUGUAUAACAUCAUCUCUGCAGGGCUUCAUCAUCUUCGUCCUCUAUGUUGGUAGGGAUCCAUCUGCACGUAAACUGUGGCUGAAAUGUUUUGGUCUUGGCAAGUCAGAGAGCCGACCGUUGGAAUCAAAAAGCAAAUCUUCAGCCCAGUCCAAAACUACUGGAAACUACGAGUCAUGUUCUACGACCUUUACAUCUAGAAAUGAUUUCACUUCAACAUUUUCUGCCGAUGGCGAUUUUCAGUACGUUGCGGUAGUGCCAUUCCAGAUGGAAGUUCGAGAAGCUCAACGAGAAGCGACUACAAAUAUUAUCUAAGAUUGCUUCCAACAAUUUCCUUUUAUCACGAUGACCUCUAAUAUUUUAAGGAUUUAUCACUAUAUUAACUGCUAUGAUAAUAUUGGAAGAAAAUGAAUGUCCUGUUCUUACAUUUCAAUAAAAACUUGUUUUGC